ACUUUCCGGGCGCCCGGCAGCCGUCGGGCCGGUUCCGGCGUGCUCGCGGCCGGGGGGAGUCGCGCUCUGGCCUCUCGUUUCCUCUGCGGACGUUGUCACUCGUCCCCUGGGCAGGACAGUUGGACAGUGGCGGAGAGACGCCCUCUUCCCACGCCCAGGGCUGCGUGGUCUUCGAGAGUGCGGGGUCAGGGCCCGGCGUGACCGGGUCCCCGGCCGCCCCGCGGCCCCCGCGGCCGCAGGACCGUCGUCUCUAGUACUCGGGCCCCUCUGCGUCAUGGUCCCGGCGGCUUGAGCGGUUUACCGGAGAGCGCAGCCGGCCCCGGCCCCCAAGAUGGCAGCUAAGAUGGAGAUAACUUUGAGGUCGCAGCCCGACGCUCAGACCUCCUCCAGACAAGAGAGACACAUCAUCGCAAGGCUGGAAGAUAAGCGGGGGUCCCCGCCCCCCAAAGACUGCCCGGACCCUGAGCUCUGCCGCCAGAACUUUCGGCGGUUUUGUUAUCAAGAGGUGACUGGACCCCAAGAGGCACUGUCCCGGCUCCGCCAGCUCUGCCGCCAGUGGCUGCAGCCGGAGCUGCGCACCAAGGAGCAGAUCCUGGAGCUGCUGGUGCUGGAGCAGUUCCUGACCAUCCUGCCCCCCGAGAUCCAGGCCCGGCUUCGGCAUCGGUGUCCAGCGAGCAGCAAGGAGAUGGUGACCCUGGUGGAGGAGUUUCACAGAGCGCCCAAGAGGCCCAAGCAGUGGGUGGCCGUCUGCAUGCAGGGGCAGAAGGUGCUCUUGGAGAGAACUGGAGCUCAGCUUGGCGAGCAGGUGCUGCCGGACUUUCAGCUGCAGACUCCUAGGAGACACCCCAGGGAGAGUGCUCCAGGGGAGCCUUUCCUGGCAAGAAUCCAGGACCAGCUGAGCCCCCACCCCUGGGGAAAAUCCCCACUUCUCCAGGAACCGCCUCCCAGGUCGACUGGGACAGAGCUGAAGACAGCUCCAGACACCAGCCGCGGGGCUCCGUGUGAGGUGGCCGAGUCCAUCUCCUGCCCUGAAGCCCCCAGAAUGAAAAGUGACAACAAGGAAAAUCCCCAGCAAGAGGGAGCUAAAGGAGCAAAGGCUUGCGUCCCGUCAGCCGGCAGACCCAGAGGCCGUGGUCUGCAGAACCCUGAGCCGAGAGCUGCGAACAGGAGUGAAACCCGCUUAUUGCACAGGCGUAGCAGCCCCCCAAAAGCGCAAAAGCCAUUGACUCAUGUCCAGCGACACUGCAGGGAAAUGGAAUUCCUCAGCAGCUCCCUGAAGAGCCACCCACUGAGGGAGCUAAAGAAAAGCAAAGGAAGUAAGAGGAGCCUGAGCAACCGUCUGCAGCGCCUCAGUCACCAGCCCACCCGCUCUGUGAAGAAGCCCUACAAGUGCGAUGACUGUGGGAAAAGCUUCACCUGGAACUCAGAGCUGAAACGACACAAACGAGUCCACACAGGGGAAAGGCCCUACACGUGUGGAGAGUGUGGGAACUGCUUCGGGCGGCAGUCAACCCUGAAGCUGCACCAGAGGAUCCACACUGGCGAGAAGCCCUACCAGUGCGGCCAGUGUGGGAAAAGCUUUCGGCAGAGCUCAAACCUUCACCAGCACCACAGACUCCACCAUGGUGACUGAACACAGGUGUCAUUCUGUCUGUUCCGAAGGAAGGUGUGUGUGCUGCUCCUUCCCCUUACCUGCAUGUAAAUCACAAAGACUGUGUGAUUGCAAGGAGAGCAAGAGGUCUCUGAGGAGUGACGGUGCACAUCUGACGGACAAGGAGUCCCAGGAGACCUGAGGGGUGAGACAGUGGCAGGUCGUGCAUCGGGUCACAGGAUGGUGCUCUUGGUUGGAGCGAGGACAGCUGCUGAGGGAGAACAGGGUGGUCCUGCAGGUGUGUCCUUGUGAGGUCUCCCUCCCCUGCUGCUUUAUGUGUUUAGCCUCUAAAAUACGUGGAAAGGUAAAUUCUGUCCCAACUGUAUAUGCAUUUGCUACCGUGCCAGACAAUCUCUAUGAUGCACAUACACAUCAUUCUUUCAGAAAAAGGAGUGCGCACCGGAUUAGGAGAAACCCCCAACAGCCGUCGGGUACCCGCGACUCCUGGCCAUGGCACAUGGAGCAGGAGCACAGCCGCACAGCCUCUGCGCGGGCUCCAUCCCAGCACAGCGCUACUGACACGCUGCACACCACAGACAGCUGAGCAUUUUUUAUCAAAGCACUUUGAUUUAGAAAAUCUUCAGAGCUGCUGCAACCCUAGUUGGUCAAUAAAGCUCGCCCAGAAGCAGGUGGUAGUGCAGACUGGGAGUGUGCCAAAGGGCAUCUUCUCUCUUUUCUCGAGUGACAGCUUUAAUAACAAAAAUGUUAGUGUGAUGAAAUGUUCUGGAUUAUUUCUGGAUUAUUUCUGUACAUUUACUAUGAAUCAUUGAACUAUUAAUUUUAUGAUAUAUAAUUUAUACCUCAAUGAAGCUUGUUAAAGUGGAAUAUAAAGCAGAAUAUAUAUGAAAUGUUAAAAGCCUUGAAUUUCUAUGAUCACACCCCUUCUUUUCUUCAAAGUGGAAAUAAAAUCCCAGUGUUCAGCUGUCGCCCUGGGCGAGCCAAUUAGUCUCUCGGUUUAGAGAACGCUCGGAGAUGGCCACGCCACCUCGAGCAAACAGGCCAGCAUUCUCACCCUAGAAGUCAGCGUCCUCCAAGGGGCACCCGUCGGGCUGUGGCCUGUGCUGCCCCCCGCCCCCGGCUCUCAGCUUCCUCUCCCAGCAGAGGGGCCAGUGCUUGCGAGCGCCACACCUCAGCCCUUCUUACACAGUUCCCACCGCCCGAGGGGCGGCUGCCCCCACAGCUCCACCUCACAGGUUGGCCACUCCGCAGAGACUUCUGGCGAGUCCUGGAGACUUCUCUCCUGGUGGGUCAAGGCCCUGGUCCAGUCCGCACCAUGCUGCUCGACCGGGCAGCACAUUCCCCCCACCAGAAGCCAUGGGGCAGUGUCUGCAAAGCUCCUGGUUGCUGGGGUCUGCGGAAAGGCGGGGUGCUCUGGCCCUUGAAGUUGCAGCUAAACAUCUCGCAGUGUGAAGGCCGCGCCCUCCACCGUUACUCCAAUGGUGCCCGGGUCGGGCCCACACCAUGCACUAAGGCCCCUUCCGGACGAGAGCCCUUUCCCGUCACUUCAGCUUUUGGAACUGGCCCACGCCCGGCAAGGGGAGUAGGGACUCAGAUGCGGGCCGCCCCCACUCGGGGCUGCCACUGCCGCGGCCGGCCCAGCCGUGGGGUGCAGCGCCACCUGGCGGGCAGCCCAGCGGCUGCAGCUCGCUAACCCAGGCCCCGCCCAGCCACAUCAGCGGCUCGGAGUCUGCAUUCCCUGCUACGCGGCCAAGGCCCCUUUGCCCCGGAAACGGCGUCUGCAGGUUCCAGGUCUUCCGGUGCAGGCUGUGCUUAGCUGACCUUCCGAGGCAGCUGGGCUAGUCAAAGGUUUCUCCCAAAAUCCGGGGGUCUUAGAGGUCUGUGAAUUUCCAAGAGUUGAGGAGGGAUUCUUCCUUAAAUAGGAGCUUUACUUCCUUCUUGAUUUAUGCGUUUUUCUGUUCUGAUUAUAAAAUCAAAAACUGCUGAAUCUUACUUUUCUUGGGCACCUGUUAACGGCGGACCCUGAGUAAACGUGGUAAAACCACACCAGGCCUCCCUGGUGGCGCAGGGGUUGAA